CUUGUCCACAAUUGAAUCAUUUCUCAUGUUGUCAAGGCAGCAGAUAGACAACAUCUGGAGGAAGGGGCACAAGCUAAUGACAUGGGCAGUGGCAUCCUCAGGCUGGUCUGCAGUAAUUCAUCAUAAGCUUAGUGGUUUGUAAACAGCUGAAGAAGAAUGUGUCUUCCUUGUCAAACUUGUUAAUCGUUUCAACUUUGCUACCUUUUCAAACUUAUUCUGGACUAUUGGAUUGCAGUUCUUCUCAGUUAUCGUGCUCUGACCAUCAGCACUCAUGUACAGCAGCGGCUAUUCUCAGGUCAACAAGUACAGUCCAGGGCCCCAGAAGACGAUGCAGUACCGCUCAAAGGGCAAGAGCUGCGGCUACUACAUGCGCAUCGUCUUCUUCUUCUCUUCGCUCAUUCAGACUCUCAUCAUAGUCAGCCUCGUGCUCUUUCUCAUCUACGGCAAGAAAGAGGACUCAACCUCCACAUCGCGCAUCCAGGACCUGGAAAAAACCUUCAACCAACUCUCCAUUGAAAAUGUUGCCCUGCGGCAGCAGAGGAAGAACCUGACAAACUUGCUGAAUAUCACCCUGACCAGCAAGGCUAUUAGUGACUGGGACCUGAAAAGGUUCCACAACCUCCUCAACGUCUCAGCACUUGUUAUCCAAGACUUUCAAAAAAAGAAUCAACACUGCAAUAGUGAGUUAACGCUCUGCAAGUUUACUCCAUCUGUCGCCUGCCAACCAACAUUAAGAACUGGCUGUAACUGUGGUGCGAUGCUUGAGCAGCUGAAUGCCAAGCUCCAGCUUGUGGAAUCCAACUUUACUCAUACCGUACAGAGGAUGAGGAUAGAGAUGGAUCAGAUUGUGAAGCAGAGGGACGACGUAACACUGGAGACCAUCCAGCUGAGGAGAGACAAAUCCAUACUGGAAAAUGAGGUGCAGAGCUAUCAGCAAAAGGCCAAGGAUGAAUUUUCUUACCACUUGAGUGGCGUCUCCAAUGUUUCCAAGGCUUUCCUGCAGAAGAUCGACUCCCUUUUUCCCACGCACAUUGCCUUCCAACUUACCUGUUCUAAGCAAAGGGAACACCUGGAGCAGAUCCGCACCAACUGUACCAGCCUGUCUAGAGAAGUGGAAGACAAGCUCCAGAAUUACCUCAACAUUGUGGGAAACAAGGUGACAGACAUCCAGGGAGAGAACAGACGCUUAAAGGCGGAAAACUGGCGGCUGUACGAGGACUACCGCUGGUGCAGCCACAACCGCUCAGGCUUGAUCCAGCAGCACAAAGUGAAGAUGCAACAGCUUCAGGCAAAACACGAUGAAGACAAGGAAAGACUCCUGAUAGACAAGUUGAAGCUAAAUGGAGAGAUUGACGUCCUGACAAAUAAUGUGAAAUUUAAAAGUAGAGAGGUUGAUCACCUCAUGGAGCAAGUCAAGAGCCUCAACAUGUCAUGCACGUCUAAGGUGGGGUUUGGUGUGUCCACUUCACGGGGAAGCACAUUAUCUAAUGGAUGGAACUCUCCUGGAUUUGGCUCGUCCAGCUCUGCUAGUGGUGCGAGUAGGACGGGUUCAAGUGUAGGCUCAUUUGGGUCAUUCAACAAACCACUGUCAACUGGAACAAGCUCGUCUUCAGGUUCAAAUCCAAGCACUAGCUUCACUGGAUCAGGGUUCAAUAGACCAGUAUCAACUGGGACGGGCUCCUCAAGCUCAUCUUCCUCGUCAUCAGGGUCAAAUACAGGCCUUAGUUCCACUGGAUCAGGGUUCAAUAGACCAGUAUCAACUGGGACGGGCUCCUCAAGCUCAUCUUCCUCGUCAUUAGGGUCAAAUACAGGCCUUAGCUCCACUGGAUCAGGGUUCAAUAGACCAGUAUCUACUGGGACAGGCUCUUCAAGCUCAUCUUCUUCAUCAUUAGGGUCAAAUACAGGCCUUAGCUCCACGAGACCAGUAUCUACUGGGACAGGCUCUUCAAGCUCAUCUUCUUCAUCAUUAGGGUCAAAUACAGGCCUUAGCUCCACUAGACCAGUAUCUACUGGGACAGGCUCUUCAAGCUCAUCUUCUUCAUCAUUAGGGUCAAAUACAGGCCUUAGCUCCACUAGACCAGUAUCUACUGGGACAGGCUCUUCAAGCUCAUCUUCCUCAUCAUUAGGGUCAAAUACAGGCCUUAGCUCCACUGGAUCAGGGUUCAAUAGACCAGUAUCUACUGGGACAGGCUCUUCAAGCUCAUCUUCUUCAUCAUUAGGGUCAAAUACAGGCCUUAGCUCCACGAGACCAGUAUCUACUGGGACAGGCUCUUCAAGCUCAUCUUCUUCAUCAUUAGGGUCAAAUACAGGCCUUAGCUCCACUAGACCAGUAUCUACUGGGACAGGCUCUUCAAGCUCAUCUUCUUCAUCAUUAGGGUCAAAUACAGGCCUUAGCUCCACUAGACCAGUAUCUACUGGGACAGGCUCUUCAAGCUCAUCUUCCUCAUCAUUAGGGUCAAAUACAGGCCUUAGCUCCACUGGAUCAGGGUUCAAUAGACCAGUAUCUACUGGGACAGGCUCUUCAAGCUCAUCUUCUUCAUCAUUAGGGUCAAAUACAGGCCUUAGCUCCACGAGACCAGUAUCUACUGGGACAGGCUCUUCAAGCUCGUCUUCCUCGUCGUCAGGGUCAAAUACAGGCCUUAGCUCCACUAGACCAGUAUCUACUGGGACAGGCUCUUCAAGCUCAUCUUCUUCAUCAUUAGGGUCAAAUACAGGCCUUAGCUCCACUAGACCAGUAUCUACUGGGACAGGCUACUCAAGCUCGUCUUCCUCGUCGUCAGGGUCAAAUACAGGCCUUAGCUCCACUAGACCAGUAUCUACUGGGACAGGCUCUUCAAGCUCAUCUUCUGUGUCAUCAGGAUCAAAUACAGGCCUUAGCUCCACUGGAUCAGGGUUCAAUAGACCAGUAUCUACUGGGGCGGGCUCCUCAAGCUCGUCUUCCUCAUCUCCCGGGUCAAAUACAGGCCUUAGCUUCACUGGAUCAGGGUUAAAUAAGCCAAUAUCAACCCGGACAGGCUCAUCAAGCUCCACAUUUUCGCCAACUGGGACAAAUCCAGGCCUCAGUUCCGGUGGGUCAGGGUUUAAUAAGCCAGUAUCUACUGGGACAGGCUCAUCCAGCUCUUCCUCAUCACCUGGAUCAAGACCCGACCUUAUUUCAGUGGAUAAACUUUUUUCAAGCUUUGGCUUUACAGGUCUUGGUUUAAGUGGGACAGGCUUAAACAAGCCAGCAAAGACUGAAGGAGGAACAGGAACCUCAUUCUCUAGCUCAUCCCCUGUAUCGGCCUCUGGAUCGCCCUCUAGAUCAUCCACUGGUUCAUCCUCUGGAUCGUCCUUUAGAUCACCCUCUGGUUCAUCCUCUGGAUUAUCCACCGGAUCAGCUGGACUAAAUCCAAGUCAUAGUGGAACUGGGUCAUCGUUUGGUGCAGGAAGGACGAAUGGACUGGCAGGUGGCACAAUCAACGUCGCUCAGCAUCUUCAAGAACUGCAACGCAUCAUCAACCCCCCUGGACCAGAAGAAAAACAAGACCUUUCCAGAAUGUUGGGUUGAUCCAUAAAGGACAAAUUAGUUCUACACAAGUUUAUGCUGCAUUGCAUUAAUUCGUUAAUUACUAUACGCUGCUGAAUUGAUUCUCUCGCAUUCACUAUUGUGUAAUCAAUACAUCAACCAUAUAACAGACAGUUUAUACUGAGUCUGCAUUUAUACAAGUAUGUAAAAUGUGAAUUUAUGUGUCACAUUAUAUAUUGCAUGAAUAUGCAUGCAUGGUAUUAUUGUUACUCUGUAAAUACGUAAAAAAUUAAAGCUUUGUUUGAGUAUGUGUUCUUCAA